AUGUCAUUUUUACAGGCGUUGCUGCUGGUGACUUUUGCCCGUGGGCAAUCGUCAUGUCCAGCGGGAAUGUACCCGGCAUGGGGAGAGACAAGGUGUUGUACAAGCAAAUGUGGUCCAGGAACGAAGAUCGCUCAGUCCUGCACCCAUAACGACCCAGACAACACAGUAUGUGAAGCCUGUGGACCAGAAUACUACAACCCGUACCCAGACCAGCUUCACUGCCGGAGGAAGAACCUGUGCGACAGUGACAACGAGGAGGUCAAAGUCCUUGGCAACUCGACCGUGAACAACCAAUGCCAAUGUCAGAUUGGCUUCUUCUACAGAGUGUCCGAAGUGUGCAUGAGCGGACCCUUGUGUCCGCCUGGACGUGGGGCAACGAGAACUGGGCAAUGUGAGCCUUGUCCGCAUGGUACAUUCAGCAACCUAACAUCGCACGUCCAACCAUGUAUUCCAUGGCAAAGUUGUGGAAUGCUUGGAUUCUUACAACAUCGACCCGGGACCAGCACAUCUGAUGCUGUGUGCAUCUCUCAUCCCAUCGACGUGUUUCUGCCCACGGAACAGCCUGUGAUUAACGCGGUUACCUACAAAGAUGACGGUAACAACACGGAUAAUAUCACUGGUGAACGGCAGCCUACGGCACUUGAACCUAAAUACAUCAUAAUCAUCGGUGUCUGUGUGGGUGCGGUCUUGGUGCUAGUAGUCUUUCUGGUCGUCUGUUUGUGCAGAAGAGAAACUGAACAACACAUUGAUUUGGAGGAUGGGCAGCACGAUGAAAGCAAGACACCGCUAGGCAUACAAGAUGCCGAGGACGUGAACAGCCAGCAAAAGGACCCUGACGUGGUCCAGAACAUGGAGCUGGAGCCUCUAACGGGCGACUACAGGCAGCCGACUGAAGAGGAGGGGAGACAAGCGGCUGUUCCACCAGACGAUGGAGUUGAGACAGGUGACGACUCCAGCAUGAGUGACUCACUCUCUACCCUAUCCCGGGAGGGCGGGGCUGAACCAAACAGUGACGCGGAGCAAACAGACCCCAAACUGAGGUUCAGCACAAUGCAGUACUCCAACCUGAUUGGAGUGGAUAUGGAGACAACUAACUACAUUGAGGACCACCUGGGAAACAUGUACCUUGAACUAGCCACGCGACUUCCACUCCGCCAUGGAUGUAGCUUCACCAAGACAGACUUAGACAGCCUUCGGCACACAUACGCCUUUUAUAGUCUGAAAGAAGCCAUAAGAGAUACAGUCAACACGUGGAGGAUCAAGCAGGGGGAGGAGGCAAGCUUGGAGGGACUGCUGGUCGGACUCACCGCUUGUGGCAAGGAUGACAUGGUCAGAGAUCUAUGCAGAAUGAACAACGCUCGGAGGCCCAACAAGGGGAAGGCAACAGCCACAGCAGUAUAACGCGAGAGAGAAAGCACCAUGCCAAACUUGCACAAGAUAAUUUGAGGACGUAUUUACAAGAUGUUUGGUAGCGUGUUCGAAAGGUGCCUGUUAUAUAUAUGUUAACGACAUGUAGGGAUGUGUCUUUUGCAACAUCUUCCCUGACGUGAUGUUGUCAAAUCCUAUUAAACGAUUGCAGUAUCAAGUCGCCUCUGUGACGAACAGACCUCAAUCUAUAUACAUACUAUGUUAAAUCAGCUAUUUAUGUUGCCCUGUUGCUUCUAAAUAAAAUCCUUUGUAUGUGCAAUGCUACAUUUUGUCAUAACUCUUUUGCUUUAUACCCGGUUGUUUAGAAAUCGUAAAAAGAACUAUGAUCUUUUGAAAUUAUGUAUCAUUAAAACACAGAAUCAGUAAGAUGUUGAAGCAUUCAUGUGCUUUGAUAUGGAUGUGUUGACGCUGCUUCAAAAUGUACUAUGUAUAUCUAAAGAACACGGGUUCGUGUUGUAUCAAAUCGAGUAUCUGACAAAGAGCCAUGAGUAACAAACAAUCAUCGGCUGAGUUUUAGCAAUGCACAAAUGUAUCUACUCCUGUUGACGUUGUUUCUAACUUAUUUAUGUGCAACAUAUUCUUGUAAAUAUUGUACGUUUGCGCAACUUGAAUGCAUAAUAUAUUUUCCUGUAAAAGUAAACACUGUACUAAUACGUUUGUGAAGAUGUGAAGAACCAGUAAAGUUGCGUUUUAGAGUUUUUCACUGAAUAAGAAUUUAACAGUCUGACUAUUCAAUUCUUAUAACCCAGUGGAAAAAUCUGAAACACUCCUUUGUUGAUUCUAACCGUAUACGUACUCAUUAAUACUUUUGUUUACUUUUGCAAUGUUCAGAAAAAGAAAAGGAGUAAAGCUAUUAUGACAUUAA